AUGGCUGUGGCUGAGAUGAAAUGGAACACUACUGCCCUUCUUGUCAUUGAUAUGCAGAAGGAUUUUAUUUCGAAGACAAGCCCCGUUCGAGUCGACGGUGGCGUAGCCAUUGUCCCUAAUGUUAUCAAGGCCGUUGAUGUUGCUCGAAGCCGCGGAAUUCCUAUAAUAUGGGUUGUUUGUGAGCACGACCAUUUAGGGAGAGAUGUUGCGCUAUUUCGAAGGCACAAUUAUCUCUCAGCCGGUAAGCCAAAGCCGGCUAUUAAAGGCAAGCCCGGCACGGAAUUGGUUGACGGGUUGGAGAUCAAAGACUCCGACUACAAAGUAGUGAAGACGAGGUUUAGUGCGUUUUUCAAUACGAACCUUCAUUCGUAUCUUCAGGCUAUUGGAGUUAAUAACUUAGUGAUCACCGGUGUUCAAACUCCGAACUGUAUUAGGCAGACAGUGUUCGAUGCAGUAUCAUUGGAUUAUCAGAGUGUCAGCGUUGUUGUUGAUGCAACGGGUGCGGCCACACCGGAUAUACACCAAGCAAAUAUCAACGACAUGCGAAACAUAGGAGUGUUCACACCUACGCUAGAAGAAUGGUGCAAAUCUAUAUAA